AUGGAGGUGACGUCGUCGGACAAACGCCACAGAACCAGGUCCAAAGGAGUCAGAGCUGCAGUGGAGGCCCUCACACAGGAGCUGUUCAGCUGUCCCACGGCGGGAUGUGACGGCAGCGGUCAUGUGAGCGGGAAAUACGCAAGACACCGAAGUGUUUACGGAUGUCCUUUGGCCAAAAAGAGGAAAGCUCUGGACAAGCAGCCGCUAGAGCCCGCCCCCAAGAGGAGCCAUUACAUCACUUCCUGUCCUGACGAAGAGGAGGAGGAGCAAUAUGGCGGCUUUGAACAGGAGGAGGCGGAAGAGCAGAGGGAGGAGUUCUCUGAGGAGGAGGUGAAAGAGGAGGAACCCAGGACAGUUGGAAUCCUGUACCGACCAAGUCCACUAGUGAACGCCGAGGACCUCACCGAACCCGGACUCCACCCAGGUUUGAGCCCCGGGGCCAGUCCCAGUCUUAGUCCAGGUCUGAACCAACUGAAACGCUCGCGUGGAGACUACGAGGACUACGACCAGCUGGUGGCCAAGUCCCUUCUGAACCUGGGCAAGAUGGCCGACUCCAUGUCUGAAUCCUCCCACAGCGAUGAAGAGGAGGAGGAAGAGCAGAGGAGAAGGCCAGGAGGAGAGAGUGAAGAAGAGGAGGACGGGAGAAGGAGGCCUGGAGGAGAGAGUGAGGAAGAGGAGGUGGAGGAGGAGGAGAGGAGGAGGCCUGGAGGAGAGAGUGAGGAAGAGGAGGAGAGACCAGGCCUGAGCGUCGACUUGAACAGUGAUGUCGUCCGAGAAACGGUCGACUCCCUGAAGCUGCUUGCUCAGGGGCAUGGGGCGAUCAUGGCGGAUGAGGGUUACCCAGAAUGCAGUGUGGUGGAGGAGGGGAAGUCUGAGGAGAGUCUGAGGAACCAGGUCUUCAGUCUGAGCGAGUCUCCGCUGCAUCUGCACAACAGCCACAGUUACGAGGAGGCUGCAGACUCAGCGGCUGACGGCUCGUACUGUGUCAUGGCGCCCCUGCUGGACGACCAGGGCAGUGCGAGUGGCUACAGCCCUGAACCUGACGAGGACACCACGUCUGUGGCCUCAGAGCGAUCGGACGACACCUACGAUAUGAGCAAAGGGAACCUGAGUCUGCUGGAGAAGGCUAUCGCUCUGGAGACGCAGAGAGAGAGGGGGGAGAGGGGGGGGAGGGGAGAGAGAGGGGAGAGGAGGAGGCACGAGAGACACGAGAGACAUGAGAGACAUGAGAGGCACGAGAGACACGACCGCCACGCCAGCAUGCGGAGGAGCUACUACGGCAGAGAGUUUUCUCGUGGAGAGAAGAAGGAAAGCAAGUGUCCAACCCCCGGCUGUGACGGGACAGGUCAUGUGACCGGACUAUACCCACAUCACCGCAGUCUGUCCGGGUGUCCCCACAAGGACCGGGUCCCUCCAGAGAUCUCUCUGUCAGUCCCUGUGUCAGUCCCUCUGUCCCUGUGUCAGUCUCUCUGUCAGUCCCUGUGUCAGUCCCUCUGUUCCUCUGUCCCUGUGUCAGUCCCUCUGUCCCUGUGCCAGUCUCUCUGUCAGUCCCUGUGUCAGUCCCUCUGUUCCUCUGUCCCUGUGUCAGUCCCUCUGUUCCUCUGUCCCUGUGUCAGUCCCUCUGUCCCUGUGUCAGUCCCUCUGUCCCUCUGUCCCUGUGUCAGUCCCUCUGUCCCUGUGUCAGUCCCUCUGUCCCUGUGUCAGUCCCUCUGUUCCUCUGUCCCUGUGUCAGUCCCUCUGUUCCUCUGUCCCUGUGUCAGUCCCUCUGUCCCUCUGUCCCUGUGUCAGUCCCUCUGUUCCUCUGUCCCUGUGUCAGUCCCUCUGUCCCUGUGUCAGUCCCUCUAUUCCUCUGUCCCUGUGUCAGUCCCUCUGUCCCUGUGUCAGUCCCUCUGUUCCUCUGUCCCUGCGUCAGUCCCUCUGUUCCUCUGCCCUGUGUCAGUUCCUGGUCCAUGUGGUUACUGA